UUUGUGCUGCUAGCCCUAUUUAAAUCGUCACAACAAAUAAAAUAAACUGGAGAGUAUCCAUAAUCCAUGCUAUCUAAAAUGAAGAAACCUCUUACUACAUUACUGUUUCUUUUGUUUCUUCACAUCUCAGCCUGCAGUGCUAAACCACAGGUUUAUGUGGUGUACCUUGGAGAGCACAGUGGAGACAAAAGCGCGAAAGAGAUUGAAGGCCUCCAUCGCACAUAUAUUCAUCAUGUAAAGAGCUCCAAAGAAGAAGCUUCAGCUUCCCUGGUGCACAGCUACACGAAUGUCAUCAAUGGCUUCUCCGCUUUACUCACCUCAGAGGAAGCCAACACCAUAGCCGAGAUGGAUGGUGUGAUAUCAGUGUUUCCCAGCAAGUCAUUAGAGCUUCAAACAACAAGAUCAUGGGAUUUCAUCAAAAUGUAUGAAGGAAAUGGAAAUCCUUCUACUUCAGGGGAGGAGGAGUUGCUGCCCAAAGCCGGAGGUGGAAAGGAUGUCAUUGUAGGAGUGAUCGACACUGGUAUAUGGCCAGAGUCUCAAAGUUUCAAUGAUGAAGGCAUGGAAGCUGUUCCCAAGUCAUGGAAAGGGACAUGCCAAGAAGGACUUCAUUUCACCUCAUCGCACUGCAAUAGAAAAAUAAUUGGAGCUCGAUAUCAUGUAAAAGGUUAUGAGGCAACCUUUGGCCCUGUGAACCACACAUUUGACUUUCGUUCAUCGAGAGACAUAAGCGGUCAUGGAACUCACACAGCAUCCACCGUCGGCGGUCGGAAAGUAGCCAAUGCAUCUGCCCUUGGCGGCUUCGCGAACGGUGUGGCCACCGGCGGCGCACCACUAACGCGCCUGGCCAUCUACAAAGCGUGUUGGCAAGUGCCUUUCGAUGAUAUCAAAGCAACUUUCUGCCAAGAUGACGACGUGUUGGCGGCAUUUGAUCACGCCGUCGCCGAUGGGGUUCAGGUGAUUAGCGUAUCCCUUGGUUUAUUGCCUCAAGAUAAUUACUUCACACAGGAUGGCGUCGCGCUUGGAGCAUUGCAUGCGAUGAAGAGGAACAUUGCAGUGGUCGGUAGCGCUGGAAAUUAUAGGGAACCAUAUAGUGUCACCAAUGUUGCUCCUUGGAUCUUCACAGUUGGCGCAAGUAGCAUUGAUCGAGUGUUUUCAGCUCCUGUUUUGUUGGGAAACAACUUGCUAGUUAAGGGAGAAAGCGUAACUGAAAUUAAGAAACAAGAGACACUUCCACUUGUGUAUGCAGGAGAUGUAGAGAUCCCUGGAUCGACAACUAUUCCCGGAUUUUGCCGGCAGGACACACUUUCACCGGAGAAAGUAAAAGGGAAAGUAGUGUUUUGUCUAACCGGAGGUUUAUCCCAGACAUUAGAAGUGGAAAGAGCCGGCGGCGCAGCUGUCAUAUUAGGGAGUAUUGGUAGUGAGAUACAAGUUGAGAGUUUUCUGAUUACAGCUACAAACAUCUUUAAUCCUUCCGGGACAGAUGCAAUUCUGAAAUACAUUUUGACCAACAAGAAUCCAGUGGCCACUCUCAUUCCUGGAAAAACAAUUUUUGGUGCUAAACCAUCACCGGCCAUGGCUCCUUUUACCUCAUUAGGUCCAAGUUACCCAGAGCCUAACAUCCUCAAGCCUGAUAUUACAGCUCCAGGGCUUAAUAUUUUAGCAGCAUGGAGUGAGGCAUCUUCACCUUUAGAACAACCUGAAGAUCAUCGAAGUGUUAAGUAUAACAUAAUAUCAGGAACAUCCAUGUCGUGCCCUCAUGUCUCUGCUGUCGUUGCGCUUCUUAAAGCCAUACAUCCUGACUGGAGUGGUGCUGCCAUAAAAUCUGCUAUUAUGACAACUGCUACAACUAAGAAUGUGAAAGGAGAAGCAAUAAAGGAUGCAUAUGGAGAAGUUGCAGGUCCUUUCCAUUACGGGGCAGGCCAUAUUCAGCCAUCAAAAGCGGCUGAUCCCGGGCUUGUAUACGAUUCAACAUACAUGGACUAUCUUCUCUUUGUUUGCUCCAGUAUCGGCACUACACUAGACCCCUCUUACAAAUGCCCAAAGAAAGCUUCAUCUCCAAGUAAUCUCAACUAUCCAUCCCUAGCAAUAGCUCAGCUCAAAGGGUCAAUGGUGGUGAAAAGAACAGUCACAAAUGUGGGCUCAGCAAACACUACGUAUUCUGUGGAGGUGAAAGCCCCAACUGGAUACUCUGUCAAAAUUUCUCCAACAGAGUUGAAGUUUAUGGAGGUUGGAGAAAAGCAGAGUUUCUUUGUAAGUGUUAAGGUUGAAAGUGUUAAGAAGGUUGGGGAGUUUGAAUUUGGUUGGUAUAAAUGGAGCGAUGGGAUUCACAUGGUUAAGAGUCCAAUUGUUGUUUCAUCAGCAUAGCUUUCGACCUUUGGCUUUCAACUUAGGAGAUUCCCAGUGAAAACCUGAAACUAUUAUCACAAUAAAUUGUCAAACGCAUGUAAUAAUGUAGCUGGUGAAAGAUGGUCAAAUGGAUGAAAAGUUUUCGUUUCUUCA